GUAGUCAUGCUUUGAUAUCUUUCAACAUCACUUCCAGAAUCUCAUUCUAUCGUGAUCUAUCAUCAAAGCAUAUUUCCUUGUCACAUCCGCAUGAAAUCGCCAGAGUUUUCACAUCUCAAAAUGCAUUUCAAUACUCUCCUCACAGCUUCCAUUCUGGUGGCCUCUGCAUUGGCAACAACUCCAGAGGUUUUGCCCUACAAGUUAGCAGCAAAGUCGCUCAAUCCAGCAUAUGGUCUUACUAAGCGUCAAUCGGGCUAUCAACCCUCUCAAACUUUCUGCAGUGGUACCGGCACUUGCGCAGAGGCAUGCGGAAAGGGUUAUGAGACCUGUGCUUCAACUGAUGGAGAUCUUCAUUGUUUUGAUCCUACUGCUAAGGAGACCUGUUGCCCAACUGGAACUGGUGGUAUGUUUCCUCCUGAUAGUCACAUAUACCUAUCUAUUUCGUAAGGCAUAAGCAAAAACUAACAUUCAAUAAAGACUCCUGCUCCGAGGGCUACUACUGCACGCAAGCUACUGACCUCACUGUCUGGUGCUGCCCAGAUGGCAUGGAUCUUACUGCCUGCGCAGCUAUCUACUCUUUAACCGGUGUCCUUCAAUCCGUCGCACCCUCAUCCAUCGCGUCUGCAACUAGAUCAGCCAUCCCAACCGUACUUGCAAGUCCCACAACGAGUGAUACUCUUAGUUCUCCAGUUUUUACAACCACUACUACACCGCCGGUGGGAUCGCAUGGUGCCACGAAGACGAUUGGAGGGAGCAAUGGUACCUUUACGGGAAGUACCACGGCAACGGCUUCUCUACCGGCAUUUACAGGUAUGGCUGGCAAGAUGGACAAUUGGGUUGGAGGAAGUGUAUUGGUUGCGGCGAUUGGAAUGGGGUUGUUGUUGUAGAGUUUUAAUUGGUGCUCUAGCACAGAUGGGGAAGGUGGAGUUUAAUGGACUGAUGGAGCAAGGGGAAGUGUGAUUACAGGAUUAUUUUGAGUACGGCUUGUGGGACAUAUAUAAUCCGAUGAGUGAUGUCUGUUGAAAUGGUGGUAGCUAGGUUACUUUCGGCUGGAUGAUAAUGUUUUAUGGUUCAUAUUGGAU